AUGAGGAAAGGUGCUACUGGGUAUCUAUAUUCGGCUGUUACUACGCUUCAGGCUGAAGAUGAAGAUAAGAAGAGUGCGGCUGGUAUCGGGAGCGCAGGAAGAGGUGUUGUGUUGAAGGUGGAGGAAUGUGCUGCGCCGAAGCGCCAGAUGCAGACCGAGUGGGCGGUCUACAGAGCGCUCGAGAAGCAGCGCCUCGCCACGGAAGGCUCUACCGAACCCCUCCCGCCGCGUGCUACGGGAGGAUUCCCACAAGCCGAGUUUUUUACGUCCACAAUGCCCCAGCUCCCACCCCAUCUAGCCUCUUCGUCCCAAUACGAUGUCGGCGACGGCGCAGCGGGAGGUGUUGGUAGUGGUGGAGGCGGUGGCGGCGGGGUUCACGACGUUUUAGUGGACAGCGCUCUGGAGGCAGGAUGCGCGGUUAACGUUUUGGCGAUGGAGCGACUGGGGGAUAAUCUGAUGUCUUUAUCCCAGGGUUGCCGCGGCGGGCACUUCUCGCUCGAAACGACCUUGCGCCUGGGUGCGCAGAUGGUGGGCCUCCUCCGGAUGCUACAUAGCACGGGAUACGUGCACCGUGACAUCAAACCAGAGAACUUUUGUGUGGGCCCUGGGAAGCAUGGCGAUCGUAUUUACUUGAUAGAUUAUGGUCUUGCGUGCCUUGCCGGGGACGGCGAGGCUGUUGCAGCAGCAGGGGCAGAAAAAAAAACGAUUUCAACGCCGAGCUCGGGUGCUGCAGCAGUAGCGACGACCGUGUGGGUCGACGUUGGUAAAGUGGACCCUACGCCUGUAACACCGACCGGGGCAUCAGCAAAAGCGGUGGCCUCCAAGCCGUCGAUAGGCUCGACUAGAGUGAAGGGUGUCAUGGACGCUGGUGCCGACUCGCCCGGAGACUCAAUUCCCCCUUCCCCUCAUAAGAGAACAGAGAAAGAUGGACGUCCGGCGACAUGUCCUGGGGUGGACUUCAACUUGUCAGCUGGAGCGGGCGAGACGAAAGCAUCAGGAGCUGUGUCAGGGCGAGCGGAUGAACAAGGAGGAGCCAGAAUGGUAGACUCUCAAGCGGCCACAGACAAGGGUGACGGCGGCGGUGGCCCAAUGUCGUCUUCAAAUGCUAGUCAGGCAUCGGUGGUGGCGGCGGCGUUGGAGGCACGAGGGACGAAACCACCUCCGCCGCCACCACCAAGCGGACAGACCACGGGUCUCGUCGGCAGCGUGAGAUACCUCAGCGUGGCGGCACAUUCGAGGGGGCGCCAGACUCGACGGUGCGACCUCGAAAGCCUGGCAUACGUCUUGAUCUACCUCGUUCGGGGAAAACUUCCGUGGCAAGGUCUGACAGCCAAGACGAGAGAAGCGCACAUGGAAAAGAUCCGACAGUCCAAAACCGAAGAGACGGCGGAAACCUUGUGCAGAGGUCUUCCGGCCCUCGCCGAGUACCUAACGUACGUGAGAGGUCUCGAGCCAGGAGAGCCGGCAGACUACUCGCGCGCCGAGCUCAUUUUCACGGACGGCCUCCGGCGCCGAGGCUUCUCGGCCGAUGUUCCCUUCGACUGGAUGAAACAAAACCAAGCUCAUCACCACCACCACCACCACCCCGCCAAGGCAACGACAGCGGUAGCGAACGGUAUGGUGCUCGGCGGCGCGGCUGGCAAGAGGACGCUGGACGCAUCCGCGACCAGUUCGACACAUCAACGCGGUUCUGCCGCGGGAGGAGAUGUGGGCAGUACAGCCGGGGUUACCGCGUCAGAUGCGAAGAAGCGGCCUAGGAGUGGUUCUGGUUCACUGCUGUCAGGGUCUGCUGCUGGCGGUGGCAGGGGGUUGAUGCCCGCGGCAGCAAUGUUUGAUCUGUACGCGGAUGUGCCCCCGCCGGAAGAAAAACCACCUGCCAGUGUCGAGACCCGCCACGAAGGAAAAGGGGUGGCCGAAGAUGUCAAACUGUCAUAUCCUAACGCUUCCUCGGGCAAGGGUAGUGCAGCGACGCUACUGGCAGCGUCAACGGAAGACCGAGGGGACCCGGGGUCCGCUCCCGUCGACAUGAAGAAGGCUACCGUCAGACCAGAGCUAGCACCAAAGACGAGUGCUGGGCAAACGGCAGGAGGAGGCCCGGCAACAGAGGUUGGAGCUGUCGGGACUAGCCCGGCGGGUCGAGGUGCUAAGGGGGCGGCGGUGGAUGUUUCGUUGGCCCUCGGGAAGCUUCGGCCUCAUCUUCAAGGGAGCCGUACCGGAAGCAAGAAGUUCCCGCGCGCUUGCGGCUUGCUCACGGACCUCCUGUGCGCCAAGCUUGGUCAAGAGAACGAGGAGAUAUUCUUCGGCGUUAUCUCGGACACCGUGGCGUAUCGCGGAGGUUGUGCCAAUAAUCGCGACACGGCUGCGGGGGAGCACCUUUCGUUGCUGAGGGCAAAUGGUGUCGUUGGGGAGGCCAUCAGACGCCUGGUAGCUGCCGCGAGUUCUCGAUCUUCGUGUUUUUCUGGGCAGCGGCGAGAGGCGGUGGAGUCUUGGGAAAAAGAGAUGGCGAAGUGUUGAUUAUCUCCUCGAGAGGCGAAACUUUUUCAUUCCGGUGUCUGGAGGGGUUGAAAAAGCUGUACUUGGCAGGAAGCUUCCCGCCUGUGUUUUUCAUGGUGCAGAAGGGCAAGCGUUUCCGUGACACGAAGGCGAUGUGAAUGACUUUUUUCCCUUUG